GCCCGCCAAAUUAGCAUAUUGAGCGCGUUUUGUCCGCGUGCUGCAACUGUCGCCAAUCACGACGACGUCAGCCACAGACCACGCCUGCGCGGUAACUCGCUGCAGUCACAAACAAUAGUUGGAGGUUCAGUUGUUGGCAUUCACGCGCGGAGGUUACUUUUGUUUUCUUACAGGAAUAGUUUUGAGUUUUCGCGGUUAUAAACUAUCGGCGCGAGGGAAGCGUUCAUUUGACGACGUUGGACUAAAGUUCGGUUCUUGUUGGAGGUUCGUCUGCAGGUUUGGCCACAAUGGCAGCUGUUUGUCAACCCAGACGAGCUUUGGUGGAAAUACCCGAACCGCAGCCCAAAACUACAGCUGGACUAAGAAGAUCUUAUUUUGAAGUUCUAAGCGCUCAGCUGGACUCUCCCCCACUUUCACGAGCGAGAACCUCGAGGCCUCCACAGCUACUGGACUCCUCCAUGAGGGCGCUAUGGAACGAGCCCUCCACGCCGCUCACCAAGCAGCAGCUGGUGCAGCUCAUCCGGUCGCUGGUCCUCGCCGAGCAGAGCCACGACCCGAGGGUCGCAGCCUCCAGCCUGGAACGCCUUCAGGAGGACCUUCAGCUGAAGAAGACCAGCGUGUACCGCUCCAUCCCGUACUCGCGCUUCGGCUCCAACAGGGACGCUCACUGCUACCGCAAGGCGUAUCCUCACCUGCUGGCGUUCAAGGUGUCCUGUCAGGAGUGGGGCCAGGUCCUGCUGAGGAACCAGGAGUGGGACUCUCUGCUGGAGUUCUGCCUGAUGGCGUGGAGGUACACCGGCGAGCUGCCACAGUGGGACACGGAGAGCCACAACGCCCUCAGAGAUCAGUGCUACGGCGCUCUGGCAGCUCACGGCCUCGCCGCGCUCCGGCACUACCACCCAGCCGCCAGCAGGGGGCGCGAGCUGCUCAGGAGGUUCGGUGCAGCACAGCUACACAGUCGCCUCAUCCUCCCCUGCAUUCAAGAACUGCAAAGGAUUAUGGGACACGUAGGCGAAUCCACAUCUAUGAACUGAUUCGACAAGUCGAGCAUUUUCAGCGGACUCAAACUGAUGCUGAGAUGCAGCAAAGUAAAAAAGACGGGACAGGAAAGGCUUUAUUUACUGAGUGAUAAAGUUUACUUUAUAUUUUUCUUUUAGAAUUCUAGUUUUUGUACUGAAAUGUAAAAACUAUGUGUUGUGUUUGUUACUGUGUGUCUUCUGUUGUGUUGUUUCAUGUGGAUGUCGUUCAUUGCACUGUUUGUCCUGAAAACUUGAAAUUUUU